AUGGUCAUGGCUGUGUUCAAUACUGAAACACAAAUAUGGGAGACUGCGACAGAGACUAUGAUAGGUCGGCCCUAUGGUUGUGUGGUGAUGGCUGGUAAGAUGUACACGAGGGAUGGUCGUAACAGCUUUGUUUACGAUCCAAAGGAGAGUAAAUGGGAGACAGACAAGAGGCUGAAUAUGUUUAAGUGGCAGGGCGGGUGUGUGGUUGAUGACGUAUUGUAUUACUUCGAUAAUCGUGGUGGGAAGGUGUUGAGAGCUUAUAACCCAAGAAAGAGUAGUUGGGUAGUGGUGAAAGGUUUGGAAAGAUUGGUGGCUGAAGGGAGAUUUUCAGAAUCGUAUUACACUGGGAGUUGCGAUGGGAAGCUGGUUUUGUUUCUCUCUAAAGACCGUAUGACAAAAGGUAUCCGGUGUGCGCAGAUUUCACUGGAAAGGAGGCACCACCAGGGAAGAAGUGAGAUUUGGGUGGCAAAGGUUUUAGUGACUCUCGGGCUGGUUAAGCUUAUUCUUGUCAUAUGA